AUGGCAGAUGCACAGAUGAGGAUCCCACCUGAAACGGUUCAACAAUGGGCCAGUAUCUUCUCUGAGCAAAUAAACAUCAUUGCAGCAAAGUACUCUGGAGCUGCCCUUUUUCAAAAGAAGCUGAAAGAUGUUGAGCCCAUUAUCAGAAUCGAGGAUGUGGAUGGGAAGGUGCUGGUGCAGGACUUUGCUGAAGAAAUAGAGAGAAUGCUGGGAAGCAAGAUGAAGUCUGUUAAGAGGUUGGCAGACACCGCUGAGGAUGCAGAUUUGUACCAUGAAUAUAAUGCAACUUUAGAGUUUGACUAUUACAACUCAAUGUUACUGAAUACGAUGGAUGAGGAAGGCAACUAUAUUGACUUGGGCGGUGAGUUUCAACUGGAAGAAAAUGAACAUUUCAACAAGCUAUCUGUCAACACAUUACAGAGUGUCAUCCAAGUCCCCACUAAUGUCUACAAUAAAGACCCAGACAUUCUUAAUGGUGUGUACAUGUCUGAGGCUCUGAAUGACAUCUUCAUAAGUAAUUUCCAAAAGGACCCUACACUCACAUGGCAAUACUUCGGCAGCUCAACUGGUUUCUUCAGACUCUAUCCAGGCAUCAAGUGGACUCCAGACUCAAAUGGAGUUGUUUCCUUCGACUGCAGGAACAGAAACUGGUACAUCCAGGCUGCCACCUCUCCAAAGGACAUCAUUAUUGUGGUUGACAUUAGCGGGAGCAUGAAGGGCCUGAAAAUGACAAUCGCCAAGCACACCAUCAACACCAUAUUGGACACACUGGGCGAGAACGACUUUGUCAAUGUCAUUGCAUACACAGAUUACGUGCGUUACGUGGAGCCAUGUUUUAAAGGGACACUGGUACAGGCAGACUUGGACAAUCGUGAGCAUUUCAAAUUACUGGUUCAAGAGCUGCAGGUGAAAGGUGAGGGAAAAGUGAAGAAAGCGAUGAAGGAGUCAUUCCGCAUUCUCAAUGAGGCAGCAGCGAAUGGCCAGGGCAGCCUUUGUAACCAGGCCAUCAUGCUUAUCACAGACGGGGCCAUGGAAGACUUUGAAUCUGUGUUUGAGGAGUUCAACUGGCCGGAGAAGAAGGUCCGCGUGUUCACUUACCUCAUCGGCCGAGAUAUGACUUUUGCUAGCAAUGUCAAGUGGAUUGCUUGCAACAACAAAGGUUACUACACUCAUAUCUCCACUCUGGCCGACGUGCAGGAGAAUGUCAUGGAAUAUCUUCACGUGUUGAGUCGCCCAAUGGUCAUUGACCACGAUCAUGACAUCAUCUGGACUGAGGCUUACAUGGACAGUGUGCUUCCUAACACAGAACAGCUCUUUAACACUAUGGCUCAGAGCCUGCUCCUCAUGACCUCUGUGGCAAUGCCUGUGUUCAGUAAGAAGAAAGAGACGCUCUCACAUGGGAUCCUCCUGGGAGUGGUAGGGACAGAUGUUCCUCUGCUAGAGGUAAUGAAGCUGGCCCCACGAUACAAGCUUGGUGUUCACGGCUAUGCCUUCCUCAUCACAAAUAAUGGCUACAUUCUGGCUCAUCCUGACCUUCGACCUCUGUACAAACAUGGGAAGAAGCUAAAGCCAAAGCCCAAUUACAACAGUGUGGAUUUAUCUGAUGCAGAAUGGGAGGACACUGAAGAGAUAUUGAGAACAGCAAUGGUGAAAGGAGAGACAGGUACUCUGACAUUGGAUGUGAGGGCUGCUGUGGACAAAGGGAAAAGACCCAUGUUCCUGAAGAAUGACUAUUUCUACACAACCAUCAACGAGACUCCAUUCAGCUUUGGGAUGGUUCUGACCCGCGGGCAUGGACAGUACAUGUUCUAUGGGAACGUUUCUGUGGAGGAAGGUCUCCAUGACAUCAUGCAGCCUGACCUGACAGUGGCUGAAGAGUGGACCUACUGUGAGACAGACAUCGACCCAAAUCACCGUAAACUCACUCAGCUCCAAGCUGUGAUGCGAUACCUGACCGGGAAAGAACCAGACCUUGAGUGUGAUGAGGUCUUGCUCCAGCAGACACUGUUUGAUGCUGUCGUAACAGCUCCACUGGAGGCUUACUGGACAGCUCUGAUGCUGACUGCUGAUGGAGUGGAGACUGGGGUGGAGACAGCCUUCCUUGGCACUCGCUCAGGACUCAUGCGUCUGAACAGAUAUGCAGGCACUGAACAGAGAACAGGAAAGAACUUCCUGAGCCCAUCAGAUAAAGAGAACCUCUUCACCGUGGACCACUUCCCUAUCUGGUACCGUCUGGCGGCAGAGAAUACGCCUGGCCAGUUCCUAUAUUACGUCCCUGCGGACGACGUCAACAAAGGCAGGAACACCGUAAUAGCAGUAACCUCAGUCACUGUAACGUCUGGACCACGGACAGCAGUCGCUGGAGCCAUCGGGGUGCAGAUGGCUCUGGACCUGCUGGAGAAACAGUUUUGGGCUAUUGCGAAACAGUCAAAUGACACAGAUUGCAGUGAUGUGGAUGGUAUUUGUCCACUCAGCUGUGAAAGUACUGAUGUUAGCUGCUAUGUUGUGGACAACAACGGUUUCAUACUGAUCUCAGAGGAGAGGGGAGACGUGGGGAAGUUCUUUGGGGAAGUGGAUGGAUCAGUGAUGUCCCACCUCAUUAAACUGGGCUUGUACAAAAGGGUUACGCUGUACGACUACCAGGCAAUGUGUAAGAGUUCCCAUCAUCAUUCCAGCGGAGCUCGGCCUCUGCUUAACCCUCUCUACAACCUCAUGGCAGCUCUCAAAUGGAUUUUUUCCAAUGCAUUAAUAUUUUUGUUGGAGUUUAAUGUCUGUGGUGUGUGGCAUAGCGAUUAUGUGGUGGAAGCCAAGCCCAUGUACCACGCAUCGCACAAGCAGAAGAAGACAGAGUCCAUGCAGCCAUGUGACACUGAGUACCCUGGCUUCAUCUAUGACACCACUAUCAGAGAGACCAACAGCAUCAUCAAGUGUGGCCGCUGUCAAAAAAUGUUUGUGCUCCAGCAGAUUGCCAACAGUAAUCUGGUUAUGCUGGUGGUCCAGGCAGACUGUGACUGCUCUCGCCAAUACUCUUCCAUUACCCUCAACCCCAGAGAGGUCAAAUAUAACGCCACAGUGAAGUGCAACAGAAUGAAGUCUCAGAAGAUUCGCAGGCGGCCAGAGUCUUGUCACGCUUACCAUCCUCACGAAAAUGCAAAGGACUGCGGUGGAGCCUCAGAGAUUUCCCUGUCCGUGGCUCUGUUCUUCGCAUCACUGAUCACUUCCCUUGUACUCCGCUGA